AUGCUCAAAUUGAUUCUUCGACAUAUCUGUUAUGAACGGUAUCCUCGGUAUCCUUAUAUAAUUUACAAUGCUCAUAUUAAACUUAGACCUGCAGUUUCUGGUGUGAUGAACAUAGCAUUUAGCCCACAACGACAAGUAUCUCAUGAUACGAAAAGAGGAUUACCAAAUGAAUUAAAAGAUAAUAAGAAAAUUGAACCUAAUGAACCACAAUUACUUAAAUCAAUUCAAGAACUUGCACAACUUUUAAAUAGUAGAGGAAUUGAUCUUAGUACUGGAAAAAUGCCAUCAAUGAUACAAUUAUCUAGAAUUGCAUAUGAUGAAGAAGUAACAACAAAAUUUAAAAAUGUUAGUUCACAAUUUUAUGAAGCUGGUAUCGAAUUUAACUUUGAUACAGCGCAAAAGUUUUUGAAUUUAGCAAAUAGCCAACAAGAAGCAAUUGACAAUUAA